AUGUCAUAUUCUCCUCUCCUCCUACUACUCUUCCUUCCAGCAACAUCCGCAGCAAACGACAGAUCCCAAUGGAACCAAGGAACCAUAACCAUCCCCACCUCAACCGUAAUAUCCAUCGGUCUGGGUUUUCUGGCAUUCUCAUUAUUGAUCCUGUUGUUCCUACUGUCAUUCCGGGUUAAUCGAAUACGUAAACUUGCCAAGAGGCAGAACAAAUCUUUCAAGAGGUGCUGGAAGGACGAAGGUGGACUGUGGAGUUUCUUCACCAGCUUCGGCGAGGGGGAUGGUCAUGCAGCUUCAAGUACGUUGAUUGGUGCGACUGGCAGGGGGUUGGAUUAUAAUCGACAACUGUAUAGGAUAUAUAGAGAGCUGGAAGGUGAUAGUGAUAAUAACAAGGCGAAGGAGAUACCUAAAAUCUGGGAUUGUAAUUGGAAUGAGAAUGUGGACAAGAAUCAGGAUUGGGGAGAUGAUAAGAUACAGCCCCUCUCAGUGACUCCCUCAGCCCCACCUACAUCUAACACAUCUAAGACUUACCCACCAUUACCCACAUUAGACAUGUGUGUCCUAAUAACAUUUCCAAGCGAAUCAACAAAUCAGGCAGAUUUAGAUUUACCACAAAUGAUAAUAGGUACCACCACCUUAUUACCCACCAUCACAAUACCAGAUAAGGUGGACCCGCAACCGGAUUUUGCUCUAUCAAGCAGUAUCGUCAGGAACAGUGAGAAAGAAGGGCUGCAAGUGGGCCAGAUCACGAAGAAAGUGGUGAUUGAACACAUAGAAUAUUCUCGUGUGAGGGCAGAAUGGAAGCAAGAUGAUAGUAAGGGUGUAUGGUAUAUCGAUGGGUUGAGAUCGGAAUGA